AUGCAUUAUAAUAUUUAUGAUAUAGACGAGUGCACGUUUGCCGACAUCUGUGUGAACGGCCGCUGCCGCAACAUCCCGGGUCUCUUCCGGUGCCUGUGUGACCCCGGGUACGAGCUGGACCACAGCGGAGGAAACUGCACAGACGUGAACGAGUGCUCCAAACCCACCACCUGCAUCAGUGGCCUGUGUAUGAACACGCCGGGCAGUUACAUCUGCAACUGUCCUCUGGACUUUGAGCUCAACCCCACCGGAGUGGGCUGUGUCGACACUCGCUCUGGAAACUGCUACCUGGAGGUGCGUUACCGUGGCGAUUUAUCCGACAGUCUGGUCUGCUCGACGGAGAUCGGCGUGGGCGUGUCCAAAGCCUCCUGCUGCUGUUCUCUCGGUCAGGCCUGGGGGUCGCCCUGCGAGACCUGUCCCCUGCUCAACUCCACGGAGUACAGGCUUCUGUGUCCUGGAGGAGAAGGAUUCCGACCCAAUCCCAUCACCGUGAUACUAGAGGAUAUCAACGAGUGUCAGGAGCUGCCUGGUCUGUGUCAGGGAGGAAACUGCAUCAACACGUUUGGCAGUUUUCACUGUGAAUGUCCGAAAGGUUUUGCACUCAAUGAAGACACCAGGAUCUGUGAAGAUGUGGAUGAGUGUGAGCGUCCCGGCAUCUGUGGUCCGGGUCAGUGUUACAACACCAUUGGGAACUACACCUGCAUCUGCCCUUCGGAGUACAUGCAGAUCAACGGAGGAAACAACUGCAUGGACAUGAGGAAGAGCUUGUGCUACAGGAACUACUACUCUGAUAAUGCCACAUGUGAUGGAGAGCUGGCCUUCAACAUGACCAAGAAGUUCUGCUGCUGCUCGUACAACAUCGGCCGGGCCUGGAAUAAACCCUGCGAGAAGUGUCCCGUCCCCAGCACCAAUGAGUUCGCUGUGCUGUGUGGAAGUAAGAGACCUGGAUAUUUUAUUGACAUUUACACCGGUCAAGUCAUUGACAUCGACGAGUGCCGUGAGAUUCCCGGAGUGUGUGAGAACGGCGUGUGUAUCAACAUGAUCGGCAGUUUCCGCUGUGAAUGUCCGAUGGGUUUCGUCUAUAAUGACAAGCUGCUGAUCUGUGAGGAUAUUGACGAGUGUCAGAAUGGGCCGGUGUGUCAGCAGAACGCCGUCUGUCUGAACGUUCCUGGAAGUUUCCGCUGUGAGUGUAUACCUGGAUACCGGCAAACUCCCACCCAGCAGUGUGUCGAUCGUAACGAGUGUGCUGAGAAUCCAAACAUCUGCAGUCCUGGUCAGUGUAUUGACAUGGUGGGUAGUUACCGCUGCAUCUGCCCCAACGGCUUCAAAUCCACGCCAGACCUGUGUAUCGAUGUGGAUGAGUGCGAGCGUCAGCCGUGUGGAAAUGGUACCUGUAAGAACACUGUGGGCUCCUACAACUGCCUGUGUUACCCAGGAUUCCAGCUGUCACACAACAACGACUGCAUCGACACAGAUGAGUGUGCAUCGCUCCGGGGCUUGUGCCGGAAUGGAAACUGCAUCAACUCGGUGGGCUCGUUUGUGUGCGUGUGUCUGGACGGGUAUAAACUCUCUCCUGAUGGCCGGAUGUGCGUGGACGUCAACGAGUGUUUGAUCAGCCCCGGCACCUGCGGCCCUGGAACAUGUCAGAAUCUGGACGGCUCCUACAGGUGCAUCUGUCCUCCUGGAUACUUCCUGCAGAACGACAGGUGUGAAGAUAUCGACGAAUGCUCUCAGACUGCAGAGAUCUGCAUCUUUGGCAAGUGCCUGAACACGCCAGGCAGCUUCAGGUGCCAGUGUCCGGAGGGAUUCCAGCUGUCCUUGACCGGAAAGAGAUGUGUGGAUAUUCGUGUGAAUUAUUGUUACACUAAGUUCGAGAACGGACGCUGUCAGGCUCCGAAGCCCUUCAACAGCACUAAAGGCUCCUGCUGCUGCAGCGUGAUGCCGGGUCAGGGAUGGGGCGACCCGUGUGAGAUCUGCCCCUCUCCGGAGGAGGAGGCAUACAAAGCUCUGUGUCCUGCUUCUGGUAAAAUCAUGACUAUAGACGACACGACUGUGGAUGUGGACGAGUGCACGGAAACCCCCGGCAUCUGCAGGAACGGCCACUGCAUCAACACGGACGGGACGUUCCGCUGCGAAUGCCCGUUCGGCUACCGGCUCGACUUCACGGGGAUCAACUGUGAAGACACGAACGAGUGUGAGCUGGGGAACCCGUGUGGGAACGGCACCUGCACAAACGUGGAAGGAGCGUUUGAGUGCAGCUGCGACGAGGGGUUCGAGCCCGGUCCCAUGAUGACCUGUGAAGAUAUCAACGAGUGUUCCCAGAAUCCCCUGCUGUGUGCGUUCCGCUGUGUCAACACGGUGGGCUCGUACGAAUGCAAAUGUCCAGCGGGAUACGUGCUGAGAGAAGACCGCCGGAUGUGCAAAGAUCAGAACGAGUGCGAGGAGGGUCUGGAUGACUGUGCCUCCAGAGGAAUGACCUGUAAGAAUCUGAUCGGCACGUACAUGUGCAUCUGCUCGCCGGGAUACACCAGACAGCCCAACGGAGACAGCUGCGUGGAUCUGAACGAAUGCACGGCCAAACCGGGCAUCUGUGAGAACGGCCGCUGCGAGAACACGGUGGGCAGUUACCGCUGCAUCUGCGAUCAGGGCUUCAGUCCCAGUCCCAGCAGGACCGAGUGCAUUGAUAACCGUCAGGGCUUCUGCUUCCUGGAGGUUCUGCAGACCAUGUGUCAGAUGAGUUCCAGCAGUCGCGUCAGCGUUAGGAAGUCCGAGUGCUGUUGUGACGGGGGCCGCGGCUGGGGGCCCAACUGUGAGCUCUGCCCGCUGCCCGGGACCACGCAGUACAAGAAGAUGUGCCCGCUGGGCCCCGGAUACACCACCGAUGGCGAGGAUAUCGACGAGUGUAAGGUGAUGGGGAAUCGGUGCAAGAAAGGCCAGUGUCUGAACACACUGGGCUCCUUCAGCUGCGUCUGUAAACCCGGAUACACCACUGACAUCACCGACACUCAGUGCGUAGAUGUGGACGAGUGUGUUCAGGCUCCUAAACCCUGUAACUUCAUCUGUAAGAACACGGAGGGCGGGUACCUGUGCUCCUGCCCGCGAGGAUACGUGAUGCAGGACGAUGCCAAGAGCUGCCGGGAUCUGGAUGAAUGCGCCACCAAACAACACAACUGUCAGUUCCUGUGUGUCAACACCAUCGGAGGAUUCACCUGCAAAUGCCCAGCGGGAUUCACACAACACCACACGGCCUGCAUCGAUAAUAAUGAGUGCAACACUGAACCGGGUCUCUGCGGUUCGAACGGAGUGUGUCAGAACAGCCCCGGCAGCUUCAACUGUGAGUGUCAGAGAGGAUUCGCCCUCGACGCCAACGGACAGCACUGUGAAGACAUGGACGAGUGUGUGGGGAAUCAUCGCUGUCAGCACGGCUGUCAGAAUCUGGUGGGCGGCUACAGAUGCAGCUGUCCGCACGGAUACCUGCAGCAUUACCAGUGGAACCAGUGCGUCGAUGAGAACGAGUGCCAGAACAGUCAGAUAUGUGGCGGCGCCUCGUGUCACAACACGCUGGGCAGUUUCCGCUGCCUGUGUCCGACGGGCUUCGCCUUCGAGCAGCUGAUGGGUGGCUGUCAGGACGUCAACGAGUGCAGCUCGACGCAGAACCCCUGCAGCUUCGGCUGCUCCAACACCGACGGAGGAUACCUCUGCGGCUGCCCACCUGGAUACCUGCGCGCCGGACAGGGGCACUGUCUGUCUGGCACGGGGCUGUCGGCCGGUGGAUCUCCUCUGAUUCCCGUCGUUGAUGGAGACGAGAACGCUCUCUCUCCCGAGGCCUGCUACGAGUGUAAGAUCAACGGCUAUCCGAAGAAGGGCCGUAAACGCAGGAACGUCAACGGAACCGAGGAGCUGCAGAAUGAUCUGGACUGGGUCAGUCUGGCCAGUGUAGACGUGGGUGAUACGCUGCAGCUGCGUCUGAACAUCAGCACACUGAAGAGCAAAGACCACAUCAUCGACUUCGUGCCGGCGCUGUCCACGCUCGCUAACCACGUGCGCUACGCUAUCGACUACGGCAACGACGACGGCCUGUUCCGCAUGAACCAGAAGGACGGCGUCAGCUACUUGCACAUAUCCAAGAAGAAAGCUCUCCAGCCGGGAGCGUAUUAUUUACAAAUCCGCAGCGUGCCGCAGACCGGCAGCAGAGAGCCCUCGGGCGAGCGGCCGGACACAGACUACCUCAGCGGGCAGCUGGGAGACGCUCUGCACAUGAGCGUCCAGAUCGUCCUGCACUGAUGGACACACGGACAGACUGCCGCAGCCUCGGCCAAAGAGCAGCACGCACCGCAUCAUACGCUCGCAUACCAUAUUACCAGGUUCCGCCGCGGAGGAACGGACGGAAGGGUCGUGCCACGCUCAGUCUGUCGUAUCUUACCGGUGCUAGUCAUGUGAGCGCGUAGAUUCAUGCACUGUAAUAACCGACCCACGCCGUCUACGACUGACCAACGCUAGCCUUUCUGUUCUCUGCAACUAUGCUAACAGGGUUUCUGCUGCUCUUAUCAAGCUCCGUUAAGAGCAAGUAAAGAAAUAAAUCCAAUGGAACACAAUAUGUGUCCCUGCAGCACAAAAGCAGUGUUGAGUCUCUGGGGGAUAUUUGUAGCAAUAGC